CAACAAUUCUGGAGUCAAGAGAGCACACAAUUCAUAAAUGAGCUUUGCAGUAAUGUUGACAAGAAUGAAAAACAUGUUCUGGGGAAAGAAAAAAGAAGACAAUGAAACACAAACCAUUAGAACUACAAGAGCACAAGCAAUGAAGGAAACAAAGAAUCAGGAAGAGGAAACUAAACGCAAGCGAUAUGCUAAAUCACCAGUGCGUUAUACACUAUCUAGCCAAACUGCAGAAGCAAAGAGGAGAAGAAAGGAGAGAGAAAAGAAAACAACAAAAGAAGAGAUGUUUUACCUCAAAUCAAUUCUUGGCUGAAGCACCAGAAAGUGGCUUUGUUAUGCAAGAAAUUCUUGGCAAUUCAUCUAGAUUUGCAAUCCAUUGGUCAGACGCAGAUAAAGUGUAUAUCCCUUUGAAUACGGAUCAACUUGCUAUUGGUGUUGUUAGUAUUGCUGGUCAAAUAAAGAAAGGUAAAAGUUGUAUAACUCAAGCAAGAGGCGGACAAGUUCAUUGAGAGAUAUAAUAGCAUACAAAGCAUGCAUUGAGAGUAUGCUGCCCAAGGUCAUGGAUUAUCAUAUGGUGUAUGAGGGCAUGGAAGAGGAACCGAUGGGGGAUACAAAAAUGCUGAUUGAAACAGUGGAGAACUGCCCACAGGGGAAUUAUGGAAUGUUUCUAUUGAAGAUUGCUGAGUUCUUAAUGGUGGAUAUGGAGUUUGAUGCAGUGAUACCAGAUUUCAUGGAAAUGUACAGGCAAAAGAUGGCAGUUGAAAUAAUUUCUU